AGAUGAUCGUACGAGUCCUCAAUCAGUGUGGAUUGUAGUGAAUCAACAGUGCAACCGCUGAGCCUCGAUUUCUAGCUUCACUGGACGACAGGAGCAGCAAAAUUAAUAACUGGAACGGCUGUGAAGACAUGGCUUCCCCCAGUAGCUUUCUUUCUGAAGAGCAGCUCAUGUGUGCCAUUUGUCUGGGUGUGUUCACUGACCCCGUAACUACGUCCUGUGGACACAACUUCUGUAUGACCUGCAUCAGAAGACAUAGAGACAGCAACCCAUGUGCAAAGUGCCCACUCUGCGGGGAGCCAUUGGACACAAAACCUGAUUUUAAAAUCAACACAACAAUAAAAGAAAUCACAGAGGGCAUCAAAAGGAAAAGGAUCCAGAAGAAGCCUGAGGUGACCUGUGAUAGUUGCCCAAAGAAGAUGCGAUUCGCUGUUAAGUCGUGCUUACACUGUGGAACUUCUUUCUGUGAGACUCACUUGGAGCCUCAUAAAACUGCCAAAAAACUCAUGAAACACAAACUGAUUAACCCUGUGGAGAAUAUUGAUGACUACAUUUGCAAGAAACAUGACAGACCUCUGGAGCUGUACUGUAGAGAUGAUCAGACAGCUGUCUGUCAGUUCUGUACAGAAAGUGACCACAAGACCCAUAACACUGUUACUCUGGAGGAAGAGAGCUUGAACUUGCUAAAGAAUGAAAAGACUGGGGUACAUCAGAAAAUUCAAGACAGGCUGCGGAAAAUUAAAGAAAUUAAACAUUCUACAAGGUUUAACAAACAAACCAAAGAGAAAGAGACUGAAGAGAACACCAGGUUUUUCAAAGAAAUCUUUGAGAGGAGCUUUGCAGAGCUACUUGAGCUGAUGGAAGAGAAGCAUAAAGAAACAGAGAGGCGGGCUGAGGAGCUCAUCAAAGAGCUAGAUCAAGAGAUUGUGGAGCUAAAGAGAAGAAAGACUGAACUGGAACAACUCCCAUUACCUAUGGAUUUUACACAGAUACUUAGCCUCCAGCACAAGCCCUUAUGCACCAGUUACUCAACUAACAUGAGCAUCAGCUGUCAUGAGCAUGGAGGUAUUCUGAGGAAGACCUUAUCGCGGCUUCAGUCCAUCCUAGAUAAGAAAAUGAGAGAAACUGUUUCCAGAGAGCUGCAGAGUAUACAACAUUUUGCAGUGGAUCUGACAUUUGACCCUGACACAGCUUAUCCUGAACUCAUGUUGUCUGAUGAUAGGAAACAGGUCUGGAAUGAAGGCACUCCACAGAAGCUUCCUGAAAACCCUAAAAGGUUUGAUGUUUGCUCAUGUAUCUUAGGAAAGGAAGGGUUCUCCCAGAAAUUCUACUAUGAGGUUCAAGUCAGUGGGAAGACAGAGUGGGAUUUAGGUGUUGCAACAGAAUCCAUAAACAGGAAAGGCGACAUUGGGCUCAACCCUGACAAUGGAUAUUGGACUGUAUGGCUGAGGAACAGGGAGGAGUAUGCAGCAAAUGAUGACAUCCCUGUACCUCUCAACUUGAAAGAGAAGCCAGUGAAAGUAGGAGUGUUUGUGGAUUUUGAUAGGGGUCUGGUCUCUUUUUAUGAUGUUGAAGCCAAGUAUCAUAUCUAUUCUUUCACUGGGCAGACCUUUCCUGAAAAGCUCUAUCCAUAUUUCAGUCCUGGAGAAUACGAGGGAGGGCAGAACUCAACCCCUCUGGUCAUUACACCUGUUAACUCUAUAGAAUAAAACAAGUAGAACUACUAAUUCUACUGGUUAUGAUAAUGUUUUAUGGUCUGUUUCUUUUUUUUUUUUUUUUUUUUUUUUUUUGUUUCUUCGUUACUUGUUAAAGCAUCACAGAUGUUUUAUGCUUUUGUUUAUUUUCAGUUACAACUUUUACAAAAAAAUUUAACAAGUGUUUUAUUAUGGUUUUGACUGUGAUAUGUUACUUUUUAUAUGAAGAACCCAAAUGGCAAAUUGCCUUUUAAAUGACAAUAUACACUUAAAACAAUGUACAAAAAUUGCAAUGGAAAAUAAAGAAAAUGUAUUAGAUUAGACUAUUAUAAUUGACUAAUUAGAAUAAUUUUAGUGUUCGAGAAUAUGUAAGUGACACAAAGUGGAACAAAGGCAAUUCUAUCAUUAUACACUUAAUAUAGAAUGAGACACAUGACGCCAUGCGAGGUUCGGACAUGUGAAUGGCGAGCUCUGCACACUUUGUUAGUUUUUAUGCUUUUUGUGUCGUAAACCGGUGAGAUUCGAUACACCCUGAUCCAUAACUGUUCAAGGAAGACAAUAUGUCAAAGAAUUCAAAAUCCUCGGUCUCUGGAGACAUUAAAAGACACUUACAUGCUCAAGCUGACGCCCCCCAGAGGCCCAGAACGAUUUGGCAGGAGAAGUGAAAGAAUUGUUGUAUUGCAAAAAAGCCUGGUUACAAUAUGCCUGACAACACCUCGACACGCCUCACAGCUUCUGGCACACUGUAAUUUGGAUUGACAAGACCAAAAUAGAGCUUUAUGGUCACAACCAUAAGUGCUAUGUUUGGAGAGGGGUCAACAAGGCCUAUAGUGAAAAGAAUACCAUCCCCACUGUAAAGCAUGGUGGUGGCUCACUGAUGUUUUGGGGGUGUGUGAGCUCUAAAUGCACGGGGAAACUUGUGAAAAUUGAUGGCAAGAUGAAUGCAGCAUGUUAUCAGAAAAUACUGGCAGACAAUUUGCAUUCUUCUGCACGGAAGCUGUGCAUGGGACGCUCUUGGACUUUCCAGCACGAUAAUGACCCUAAGCACAAGGCCAAGUUGACCCUCCAGUGGUUACAGCAGAAAAAGGUGAAGGUUCUGGAGUGGCCAUCACAGUCUCCUGACCUUAAUAUCAUCGAGCCACUCUGGGGAGAUCUCAAACAUGCGGUUCAUGCAAGAUGACCAAAGACUUUGCAUGACCUGGAGGCAUUUUGCCAAGACGAAUGGGCAGCUAUACCACCUGCAAGAAUUUGGGGCCUCAUAGACAACUAUUACAAAAGACUGCACGCUGUCAUUGAUGCUAAAGGGGGCAAUACACAGUAUUAAGAACUAAGGGUAUGAAGACUUUUGAACAGGGGUCAUUUCAUUUUUUUCUUUGUUGCCAUGUUUUGUUUUAUGAUUGUGCCAUUCUGUUAUAACCUACAGUUGAAUAUGAAUCCCAUAAGAAAUAAAAUAAAUGUGUUUUA